UUCUAAAAUGUGAAGAAAACAACCUCGGGGGUAUAAAAUGACCCCAGGGCGUACGGGUAGGGUUAAGUGACCAAAGUACCGCGUAAAAUAGCUACAGCAAAACGUCGUGAAACAAAAAGCCACCAGAAGAUGCAGGGUUGUAAAGAGAGUUUCACUCACGCACCGUAUGUUUUUCUUUUGCAGGUCGGCCUGAAGCUGGCCGAGACCAGCCCCCUGUGGUACCUGCAAUUCCUGUGGGACAGGCCGGUCAGGCAAUGCCUGUAGGACAGGCGGGUCCUGCAAUGCCUGUAGGACAGGCCGGUCAGGCAAUGCCUGUGGGACAGGCCGGUCCGGCAAUGCCUGUGGGACAGGCGGGUCCGUCAAUGCCUGUGGGACAGGCCGGUCCAGCAAUGCCUGUAGGACAGGCAGGUCCUGCAAUGCCGGUGUUGCAAGCGCAACCAAUGGAAGUGGACCCACGCCCUGCCCGUCCUGAGCUUGCAAUGCCGGCGUUGCAGGCUCAACAACCACUGGCAGCAAACGACCUUGGACAAUGCCAGGAACUUACCUUAGUUAGCGGACGCCGUCGACUGUGCAAACGGAGGCGGCGUCUAUCGCAGCCCUAUUGCAGGCAGCACAGGCGACAAGAUGAGCUCCGUGCUCCAGCACAGGAAGUAGCGGCCCUGGAGGUCGUGGUCGAUCCUGCACCUCUUCCUGUACCUGCUGCCUUACCUUUGCCUGUCCAUCCUGUACCUGCUGCCUUACCUUUGCCUGUCAAUCCUGUACCUGCUGCCUUACCUUUGCCUGUCAAUCCUGUACCUGCUGCCUUACCUUUGCCUGUCAAUCCUGUACCUGCUGCCUUACCUUUGCCUGUCGAUCCUGUACCUGGUGCAGGUGACCUUCCUGUCGAUCCUGCACCUGGUGCAGGUGACCUUCCUGUUGAUCCUGCACCUGGUGCAGGUGAUCUGCCUCUUCUUCCCUUUCCUCUGCCUGUCAAUCCUGCACCUGUUGCAGGUCAUCUGCCUCUUCUUCCCUUUCCUCUUCCUGUCAAUCCUGCACCUGCUGCAGGUCAUCUGCCUCUUCUUCCCUUUCCUCUUCCUGUCAAUCCUGCACCUGUUGCAGGUCAUCUGCCUCUUCUUCCCUUUCCUCUGCCUGUCAAUCCUGCACCUGUUGCAGGUCAUCUGCCUCUUCUUCCCUUUCCUCUUCCUGUCAAUCCUGCACCUGCUGCAGGUCAUCUGCCUCUUCUUCCCUUUCCUCUUCCUGUCAAUCCUGCACCUGUUGCAGGUCAUCUGCCUCUUCUUCCCUUUCCUCUGCCUGUCAAUCCUGCACCUGUUGCAGGUCAUCUGCCUCUUCUUCCCUUUCCUCUUCCUGUCAAUCCUGCACCUGCUGCAGGUCAUCUGCCUCUUCUUCCCUUUCCUCUGCCUGUCCGUCAUCUUCCUCUUGCAGUAGACUACGCACCUCCAGGUGUCGUCUACGCUCCCCCUGUCUGGCCAGGACGAGAUCAACUGCCAAGGAUGUUUCCCGUGCUCGUUGCUGCACCAGCUGCCUGGCAUCCACACGCUCCACCACCUAAUGGGCCCUUCAACUUCUUUGUCAUCAACCUGACAGCCAGGGACAUGAUGGACUUCCUCGGGCAGCAGCAGGGACGGGGAGCGUUUGUGCCAGCACAAAGGAGGAACUUUGCUGAAGCAGACAGGAGACUGCAUCUCCCUCCUGUCCCUCCUCUCCCUCUCCCUCCUCCCCCUGCUGCUGCUGCUCAGUCAGUGUUCAAGCGUAUGUGGAUCGCAGCUGCAGAGAAACUUGUGCGGUGUCGCAGUCAGACACGCGAGAGAUGCACGGGGCUCUUUACACGGGAAGAAAUGGAGGUUGAAGAAGAAGAGGAAGAAGAGGAACAGGAGAAAGAGCAGGAACAGGAGGAAGAGCAGGAACAAGACUCAGAUUUGUAA